GACCCACACUCAGAACAUCUGAUCACAUAUUCAGUGGCACCCAUACAAACCAAGCAGAAUGAGCCCUGGGGGUGCCCUGCUGAGCCAGGCGUUAAUUCUUUUGAGGCUGGAUGGGAAAAGACCUGGGGGGUUCCGGGGAAGGAGCUGGGGUACCGAGGAGCAGGCUCCUUGGAGACUCCAGGCAGCAGCUAAUUACUACCUGGGACAAAGAUGUGGACGAGUGCAGCUCCGGGCCGCCUAGGUGCCAUAACUCCACUGUCUGCAUCAACACCGUGGGCUCAUACAAGUGCCGCUGCCCCCGGGGCUGGGAGCCCAAACCCGGAUUCCAGGAUAAGCAGCCCAACACCAUCUGUGAAGAGAUGUCCUUCCCCACCUGGACCCCACCCCCUGGAAUCCAGAGCCAGAGCAUGUCCCACUUCUUUGAAAAAGUCCAAGAUCUGCGCCGAGACUUCAAGCCAGCCUUGGCUCAGCGCACCAUCCAGGACCUCAUACAGGGGGUAGAUGAGCUGCUGGUGACCCCUGAGGACCUGGAGGACUUGCCCCCCUCAGAGCAGCACUGUGUGGCCACUAACCUGCUCGUUGGCCUGGAAGAUGUCCUGAGAAAUAUUAGCCAGGCUCUGCCCAAUGGGACACCGACCUUCAAAGCACCUGCAGGCACUGGUCAGUACGGGGUGUGCCCCAGGCUCUGCUCUGCCUGUUCCCACUUCCUUUGUUUCCCAGCCUCCCUGGCGUGCCUGACCAUGCUUGUAUCUCAGUGUUGCACUCAUAAACCAGUUAAGAGAUUAUAUGAAUAAAACUGUAAAUCUUAC